CAAUCGAGGAGGCAGCGUCGAGAUCACUUCGACGAGGUCGGGCAUUGGAAGGUGAAACCCUAGAGGAGAGGAGGCGACUGCGGCGAGAGAAGAGAUGAGGAAGUUUGAUCCGUGGCCGGUGUUCUUCAGGAGGGAGUUCAACCGCAACUGGCCUUUCCUCGUUGGAUUCUUCGUCACCGGAGUCCUCGUCGUUAAGUUGACCGCCGGCCUCACUGAGGAGGACGCCAAGAAUUCCCCAUUCGUGCAGGAGCACAACCGAAAGUGAAGCUAUGGCUUUGUAGCUGAAUUUCAGUGAUGCAGCUCGCUGGCUUUGAUAUGUUUUGGUGUUUGUUUAGUUCCCAACGUAAAAACGUUCUCUGAGCGAAAAAUAAGGCUCUCGUCUUUGAUGCUGAACCAAUUGUAUCAACUUUAUGAUAUAACACUCCAACUUCUUUUUUA